AUGUCUAAAAAGAGAUAUCAACAAAAUAUGAUUACCGAAAUUUAUACAUCAUCUAGCAGUGCUUCGCGCCGAUAUAUUGAAAAAGUGACAAAUAAUGUGAAAAUGUCAGAAAAUACAUUACCGAAAUUAUCAGAUGAUUUAUCAAAAGGAGCACAAAACAUUGAUAUUGAGAGUCAGAAGAAGCCAAUUCACAAAAGAAAACCACUAACAAAAAAGCAAAGAGAACAAUUAGAAGAAAAAAGAGCCUCAAGCAUUGAUAAAAUCCUCAAGAAAUCAAUUGCACCACUUAGUGUUAUAUUCUAUUUCUUUUUCUGGCAAUUUGUUAAACCAGGACUCGAAAGAAUUAUUCCAGACAAACACCCUUUCCUUUACAACUACUGGGAGAAAAACGAAAAGAUAGUAUUUAGGUUAUAUAUCUCCACUUCCAAGUCAGUUCACCCAUGGAACGCUAAUUUAAGUACAUUAGUUGCAGAAAGGAAAGAUUUUAACUAUUUCGUUAAAUGGUUCAGAACUCCUGUGCUUUCCAAAAACUAUACAUUCAAAAUUACCAACGAAAUGCUCCGAAAUCUCACUAAAUAUUACUGGGUUUUCCAAGCAUCGAGUAAUAAGUGUAAUUUUGAUGAAUACGAGAACCGCAAUGGUCAGACAUGCGUUAUAAGUUCAUGGGCAGCACCGAUUAUUCGCUGGGAAAAGAAUAAAAUCGAUAUUACACGAAAUCUUGCUUUUGACAAGCGAAUUGACACUGUUGUCGACCUUAACCCUCAUCCUUAUACAUAUGAGAAUGCAACCUUCGAUAUCGUUUACCAUCCAGACCCUUUGAAAGAAACAAUUUUGGAAUAUCAAAAUUACAAAUACAUAAAUCUUAACAAUGAUGAGCGAAGAUUCACUAAUCCUGUAUCAGAAUGUCGUUAUAUGCAUGUUAGAAAGCACAGAACGUGGUUAGAUGAAUCACAAGAAAUCAAUAUUACAUAUCACAUUAAUGUUCAGCUGAAAAGGUUCUAUUUAUGGGACUAUCAGCUUAGCAUGGAUGUACAGCCUAACGAUAACAUGCAAAAAAUCGUUGACGACAUCAAAAUUGCGUCAGUUGAUAAUCCACCAUGGCUUUUCUGGGGAUACGUGGUUUUGGCCUUCACUAGAACGAUCAUGAAGGUCAUUGCAUUCAAAGAAGAGAUAGAAUGGUGGUCAAGUUUGGACAAUUUGAAGGGAGUUUCAGCUCAAGCGAUUAUUUUCGAACUUUUCUCGGAGUUCGUUAUCAUUCUUUACUUGCAUGAUGAGAAUGCGUCAUUCCUGGAUAUUGUUUUCAAACUUUUGACCUUAAUAAUGACAUGUUAUAAAUUCUUUAAGUUAUUUACGCCAAUUAUGGAUUGGCCGUACUUCAGAUGGAAUGGUGGUGAUGAUACAGAGACAAGACAGUUCGAUGCUGAAGCAGGAAAGUACUUAUACAGAGGAUUGAUUCCUUUGUUGGCCGGAUACACUAUUUAUAGCUUGUUUACGAUGAAGUUCAAGUCAUGGUAUUCGUUUUUGAUCAAGAACUGUGUUAAUUUCGUGUUUUCUUUCGGAUUUCUGAAAAUGUUCCCUCAAGUUUGGGUCAAUUACAGGCUGAAAAGUGUUGCAGGUAUAUCAACGCGUGUUCUCAUGUAUAAAUUGGUCACUACUUUCAUUGAUGACAUUUAUGCGAUUGUAAUGAACAUGCCAUUCCUUUACAGAAUUGCCUGCUUCAGAGAUGACAUAGUGUUCUUCAUCUGGGUCUACCAAUGCUUCAUCUACAAGGUAGAUUACAACAGAGUGAACGAAUACGGAGAAAUUCUUGAAAUCCCUGAAGAAGAAGAAGAAAUCGUUGAGAAACCAGCCCAGAAACCAAGUAAAUUCAGACUAAUGUUAUCGAAAUUAUGGCUCAAAAUACGUUGGUCAUUUGGAAACAAAGCAAGAACAGAAUAA